CUCUCCUCUGGCGGGACACCAGACUCUCCAGCAUCAACAUCAUCCAGUUCUCUGUAACUUCACAUCCAGAGCAAACGAGCUACAGUCAUGACCAUCAACACACUCAGUCAGGAUGGAGUGCAGCGACAGCAAAUGCCCUGUUUGACCAAGAUGGAGCGCAUGAUCAUAUCCAUGCAGGACCCUGAUAUGGGCAUCAAGUUGCGCAACCAGCGUCUCCUCAUUACGGUCAUACCACACGCCAUGACUGGUAUAGACAUUGUUGAAUGGCUGAUUAAGAAAUUUUCUAUCUCUGAUGAAGAGGCAUUGCACAUUGGACACCUCUUUGUGAAAUAUGGAUACAUUUACCCUUUAAAAGAGCCUAGACACCUUAUUCUGAAAGCUGAUGAUUCACCAUAUCGCUUUCAGACUCCGUACUACUGGAUGUCGACAUGCUGGCCUGCUUCAGAACUGGACUAUGCUAUCUACUUGGCCAAGAAGAAUAUCCGAAAACAAGGAGAACUAAUUGAGUAUGAAAAGGAGUGCUAUAAUGCUUUACAUAAACGCAUCAACCACACCUGGGACUUUGUUGUGAUGCAGGCAAGAGAACAGCUCAGGGCAUCAAAACAGCGUCGGAAAGCAGAUCGUAUAGUGCUGGAGUGUCAGGAACAAGCCUACUGGCUAGUGAACAGACCUCCUCCAGGGAUGCUGGACAUUAUAGAUCACGGCCCGGAGAGAAGAACCAUGAACACACGAGUGCAACUGAAUGCAGAAUUCUACAAAAAAGAGAUUGAACAUAACAAGAGAAGCCUGGCGAGGAAUCGUGUCAAGUCCUCAAUUUGCCUUGAGAGUUACGUGAAGUACUGUGAGCAGUAUCAGCCCCAUGACCCAAUAAUGCAAGGAUGCCUUCCCAGCAACCCCUGGAUCACAGAUGAUGUCAUGUUUUGGAACAUGAACUCUGAAGUAGUUGCUCUGCCGACUAAACUGCGUGUGGAGCGCUGGAGCUUUAGCUUCAUGGAGCUGCUGAACGACCCAAUGGGCAGAAAAGAGUUCCUUGUUUAUUUGGAGAAAGAAUUCAGCGCGGAGAACUUGUGUUUCUGGCAGGCCUGUGAGGACGUUCGUCACGGAGAGACCUCAAAGAUUCCAGAGAAAGUGGGCGAGGUUUACAAGCAGUUUCUGUCUCCUGGUGCAAGUCGUUGGGUGAAUAUCGAUAGUAAGACCAUGGAAAAAACCCUGGAAGGACUCAAGCGCCCUCAUCGUUUUGUCUUGGAUGAUGCUCAAAUGCACAUUUACUUCCUUAUGAAAAAGGAUUCGUACCCUCGCUAUCUUAAAUCCGACCUCUACAAGAACUUAUUAGCCAGAGCCAUAGUACCACAGGAAACCAAGAAAAGUGGGUUCCCGUUCAUGCGCCGCCAGCGUCACUCCAGCCCUUCACCUGCUCUCGCCACACAAACCGCAGAGGAUGAUGGGAAGGCAAAGAACUCUGUCAAACAAAGCAAUUCCGGAACUGCAUCCCAGCUUUAAACAUGCACACAACAGUUACUGCUAUUUAAAACACUUUUUUUUUGUGCUACUUGAUGUUACCUCCAGUUGUCAUCUCCGGUUGUACUCUUAAAA